GCUGAUGAGCGCAGAGAGGGGAGGACCGGGCACAGCUUGGAGCAUGCAAUAAAUAUCCGAGCAGGCACGGAGGGGGCUAACAGGCGGCACCCCUCUCUCCUGGACACCUACAGCACCACCCAUGGAUGCCCUGUGCCCGCUGGCACCCCCUGUGCACUGGAGGAUGCUGUGCGCCGCAGCCCCCCUAUAACAGGGGACAUGUAAUGUGCUGCUGACACUGGGGGGAGGGUCUAUUUAUUUAUUUAUUUUCUGCAUCAUCCAAUAUACGGAAAACUGCAAGAAAUAAUAAUAAUCUCUGUCCGUGUAAUAUACGGAGUAUCUGUCCGCACAGCGCCAGGAUGAAGAAGCAAUUCAACCGGAUGAGGCAGCUGGCCAACCAGACGGUGGGCAGGGCUGAGAAGACAGAGGUGCUGAGUGACGAUCUACUACAGGUGGAGAAACGUCUGGAGCUGGUUAAACAGGUCACCCAUAGCACCCACAAGAAACUGACCGCGUGUUUACAAGGCCAGCAAGGAACCGACACGGAUAAAAGAUCGAAAAAGUUACCUCUUAUAACCUUGGCCCAGUGUCUCAUGGAAGGAUCAGCCGUCUUAGGGGAUGACUCUUUACUUGGGAAGAUGCUGAAGCUGUGCGGGGAAGCAGAGGACAAUCUAGCACAGGAGCUCAUCCAUUUCGAGCAGGAGGUCGAGAGAGAUGUGGUGGACCCGCUGUUCGUACUCUCAGAGGUGGAGAUCCCCAAUAUCCAGAAACAGAGGAAACACUUAGCCAAAUUAGUAUUGGACAUGGAUUCUUCUAGAGCAAGGUGGCAGCAAUCUGCUAAGUCGUCCGGGAUCUCCAGCAACCUGCAACCCUCUGGGGCCAAGGCUGAUGCACUCAGGGAAGAGAUGGAAGAGGCGGCAAACCGUGUGGAGAUCUGUAGGGAUCAGCUGUCGGCGGAUAUGUACAGCUUUGUGGCCAAAGAAAUAGACUAUGCAAACUACUUUCAGACGCUAAUAGAAGUGCAGGCCGAGUACCACAGGAAGUCCCUUGCUUUACUGCAAGCCGUCCUGCCGCAGAUCAAGGCUCAGCAGGAGGCCUGGAUUGAAAAGCCAUCAUUCGGAAAGCCCUUGGAUGAACAUUUGACAGUGAGCGGCCGGGAGAUCGCCUUCCCCAUCGAGGCUUGUGUCACCAUGCUCCUGGAGUGUGGAAUGCAGGAGGAGGGCUUGUUCCGAGUUGCCCCCUCAGCCUCCAAGUUAAAGAAGUUGAAAGCCGCCCUGGAUUGCUGUGUGGUGGACGUGGCUGAAUACUCCGCUGACCCCCACGCUAUUGCAGGAGCACUGAAGUCUUACCUCCGAGAGCUUCCUGAACCACUCAUGACCUUUGAGCUUUAUGAGGAAUGGAUCCAAGCUUCCAACAUCCAGGACCAGGACAAGAGGCUGCAGGCUUUGUGGAACGCAUGUGAGAAACUUCCAAAAUCCAAUUACAACAACUUCAAGUAUGUGAUCAAGUUUCUGUCCAAGUUAACAGAAUAUCAGGACGCUAACAAGAUGACUCCCAGCAAUAUGGCCAUUGUAUUGGGGCCUAAUCUUCUCUGGCCACAAGCAGAAGGCAAUAUCACUGAAAUGAUGACCACCGUGUCCUUACAGAUUGUAGGGAUCAUUGAGCCUAUAAUCCAACAUGCUGACUGGUUCUUCCCAGGCGAUAUAGAGUUUAAUGUGACGGGUAACUACGGCAGCCCCGUACACACCAACCACAAUGCCAACUACAGCUCCAUGCCCUCCCCGGAUAUGGAUCACUCAGACCGCAAGCAGCAUGACCAGGCCAGGCGACCGCUCAGCGUGGCGACCGAUAACAUGAUGCUGGAGUUCUACAAGAAGGAUGGCAUGGGCGUCAGGGUGAUGGACACCUCUUGGGUUGCCCGCCGCAGUUCUUCCUUAGUCCGCAAAGGCCCCUCCACCCCGCCCGCCAUUCAACCCCCUGCUCCUCCUCCGCUCGAUACCGCAGCCACACCUCAAUCACCAAAUCCCGACUUUUCCGUAGAGUCUCCCUCCCCCACUCCUCCCAGUAGCGGCUCCCAGCCAGGUCCCGAGAGGACAAGCGGAGAUGAGAUUUCGCCCCAGUGGUCGGAUUCCUGUUACAACUAUCCUUCCCCUGAAGAAGACCGACCCCUCUCGUACCCAAGCUCACAGCACCCUACCCUCCAUCCUCACCCUCCUAAAGCUCCACCAUCUGCCAAGCCUGAUGCCACCUCUACCUUUCGGUGGUCUGGCUACAGCCAAACUUUGCCUCCUUCCCCUCCAAAGCUUGACAUAAACUCGAACCCCAAACCUUGCUUUUUACACCUCACUAAGCAAAGCUCCCUCUCUGAUCCUCACGCUUCUGAGCCUAACGUCUCACCGCUCUACAUCAAAACCCCACUCGUCCUAACCAAACCCGACCCAUCUGGCACCCCUAACCUUCCCGCUAUGUCAGCCUCGCCCCCGUGGCUCAGCUGUUCCUGCGCUCGAGACAAGGGAACCAAGCUGACUAGUACAUUGAAAGGGAAGGAGAUUUCUCCUGUAUCUGGGCCAAAGGGAAGUCCUAGCACUGGUCAUAUGGUGUCCACAGGUGGAAUGGGGCUGAACCAACUAUCAACAGAGCAAAGUCCUCAUUCUCUUAGGAAAGUGUCUAAGAAACUAGCACCUGUUCCACCCAAAAUCACGUACACUCAGACAGGGGCAGUGUCAGAUCAGUCAACGGGUCAACCUUCUCCCGUCAGUCUUUCCCCAACCCCUCCUAGCACACCUUCACCCUAUGGACUCAACUACCAAGGUUCUCUCGCUCUGACGCCGAGCCUGGCGUCUCCGCCUCCAGUGACCAGCACUUUAACAAAAUCCCGUCCUACUCCUAAACCAAGACAGAGACCCUCACUUCCCCCUCCACAGCCUCCCACGAGUCAGUCUGCUUCCAGUCCUCAGUCUUCAGACAACAGUAUCUUAGAUGGCCUGUCUCCUGGAGAUAGCAUGUCUACAGAUAUCAUCCAUUUUGACAUUCCAUCUAUUCUAAUUGAAAUCGAUACUGCCUUGAAACGUGAUGCCAUGAAACAGGAACAGCAGAGGCGCUCAGCCGAAGGCAGGACGGAAUCGGAUGAGGACUCGGAGAGCACGGCCCUCUGACGCUAAGCUCAAUCUGUGCCCACCACGAUCUACAGCCAAACUUGUGCCAAUCUGUAAAUGAGCCCGGUGUGCAGUUAACAGGGGGUGCCUUGGGAUAUUUUUUUCCUUUUUUCAUAGGCCUUACUAGAAUAGGGCUUUAAUUUUUCCCUCUAAAAGUAAAAAAAAAAAAAAGGAAAAUAUUUUUUUAAAUUGCCCAUUUAUUUUAAAUGCCCCCGUUGCAGCCCUAGUACAUAUGAUAUCCUUGAGACCUCUAAGCAAGGGGUGAAAAUAAAUUGUGGCCGAUCCCAAUCCCUUAAGAAUGCUAUGUUCCUUAUCAAUGCUGCAGUGUAAAGCUGUGAUCCUAUAUUGCGUUGAUUAUGUACCAUGUGAAGAGUGAUUUUACUUUUUGUAAUCGAGAUAUUUUUGGUUAUGCAGCUUUUCAUAGCAUUUGGUGGACUUGAGGUAUCCAAAAAAAAAUUCUAAAGCUCCUAGAAAUAUGGUUACAGAAGAUUCAAAUUGAGAACAUUUCACUUGUUUCAACCCCAUAUAAUAAUACACUAAAAUAGAAGCCAAACUGAAAACUUCUGUCCCUCUAGAAUUGAGCUGGGCACACGUAUAUCAGUUGUGUCUGACCCGUUGUCCAUAGCCUGAUAGCGCCGGGCAUGCAGCAUUUUUCUGUCCAGCUUCAAAACAGAUGCCCCGGAUGAGAUCAACGAUCCCAGAUGGGAUCAGUUCCGGCCUCAGGGUAUAUACACAUGGCAGGGUAUAUACGACCCUGGCCUUAAAUUUCCAAUAUAAGUCAAUAAUACGGACAGAGUUUAAAAAGUAAGUUAAUUUUUUACAUUUUGAAAUAUAGAUUUAUGGAUGCAAUGGAGUUUUGUUACUUUUAUAAGGGUGUACAAUUUUGUUAAUUUAAUAAUUGUGUUUAUUUUAGUGUGUGUAUGUCUUUUAUUUUUAAGUAUGGACUAAGUUCAAAGGUAACUUUUAUUUUCUUUUUUUUGUUUGUUUGUUUUUUACAUUUUUUCUCAUUUGAGGGGGGGAAAAAAAUCCCAAAAACUUCAGGAGUUUAUUGAAUUUCAUUUUUCAAUUUGACACUUAAAAACUCUAUAAUUACUACACUUUUUAAACAGUUUCUCCGUUAGUUACGAGAGUCAACCAUAGUGCCAAAAUAUUUCUUUGUUUCUAUAAUUAUCAGAAGGAAAUCUGAAUAUCAUCAGAAUUUAUUAAGUA